AUGGAGAGGAAAAGAGCUACAAUUAUCAGUAUAAUACCUAAGGUCAGAAACUUCUGUCAAUCAAAUCUCGGUUUUAGUUACAUUAAUUCUUUGAAUAGAGUUAAGACCAUUAGGACUGUUGCUGCUGGAAGAACUGAUUAUCAAACUCAACCAACUAAUAAUCGGUAUGGUUUAGAGGGGGAUGAUUUUCAGCAGACUACAUAUGGUGGGUUUCAAAUUCAAAAUCACACACCAAAUGCUUACAGAGGUAAUCUUAGGGACUAUGUUCACAAUAAUUUCCAAUACAACACUAAUGGGUAUCAAAAUGAACCGCGGAAGAACCAAAAUUCCUCGUAUAUUCAUAGUAAUUUCGCACACAACCCUAAUGAGGUACAUAACUUAGAACAAAACCCUUAUAACUCCAGAGGUUUUGAACGGAAUCUAAAUGGUCAUUAUAGAGGGAAUUAUGCUCCACAGGGGCCAAAUGAGUCCUCUUACAGAAAACAUUUACUUAAAGCUAAUAGGAAUCAUCAGCGCAUUAUCAAUAGAAAUUAUGCAGUGAACAGUGCGGAAGAUGAAGUUAAGUUUAAGGGUACUCUUGAGAAGAUGGAUGGUUUUUGUAAUGAGGGAAAUGUGAAGGAAGCUCUGAGAGUUUUGAAUUUUUUAUAUCAACAGGGUAUUGAAAUUGGUUUGCCUCGGUGUUAUCAGUUGUUGAAGGUUAUUGGGGAAGUUGUUGCUAAAGAAGAGGCAAAAUUGAUUCAUAAUCAUCUCAUGAAGACAAAGCUCUCUUCGGUAACCACCGUACAGAAUAAGGUAUUAGAGAUGUAUUUGAAAUGUGGUUAA